AUGACGACGAGCACCGAGGCCCUCGAGCAGCUCGCCAACAAGGAGUACGAAUUCGGCUUCGUCACCGAUGUCGAGCAGGAAUCCCUGCCGCCGGGACUGGACGAAGGCGUCGUGCGGGCGAUCUCACGGAAGAAAAAAGAGCCCGAGUGGAUGCUCGAAUGGCGUUUGGCAGCCUUUCGCACGUGGCAAGGGAUGACCGAGCCGACUUGGCCCAAUGUCCAAUACGAGCCGGUCGACUAUCAGGCGAUCACCUAUUACUCGGCACCGAAGUCGAGUGCCGAUGGCCCGAAGAGCCUCGACGAGGUCGAUCCCGAGCUGCUCGCCACCUACGAGAAGCUGGGUAUUCCCCUGCAAGAGCGCGCCAUCCUCGCCGGGGUGGCGGUCGACGCGGUGUUCGACAGCGUGUCGGUAGCGACGACCUUCAAAGACAAGCUUUCCGACCUCGGGAUCAUCUUUUGCUCGAUGUCCGAGGCCAUUCAGGAGCAUCCCGAGCUGGUCAAGAAGUACCUCGGCACGGUGGUGCCGCGGCGCGACAACUUCUUUGCCGCGCUCAACGCGGCGGUGUUCUCGGACGGCUCCUUUGUCUAUGUGCCGAAGGGCGUUCGCUGCCCGAUGGAGCUGUCGACCUACUUCCGCAUCAACGCGAUGAACAGCGGUCAGUUCGAGCGCACGUUGAUCAUCGCCGACGAAGGCUCCUACGUCAGCUACCUCGAAGGCUGCACGGCGCCGAUGCGUGACGAGAACCAGUUGCACGCCGCGGUGGUCGAGCUGGUGGCGCAGGACGAGGCCCAGAUCAAGUACUCGACGGUGCAGAACUGGUACCCCGGCGAUAAGAACGGCAAGGGUGGGAUCUACAACUUCGUCACCAAGCGCGGCCUGGCCGCCGGCAAGCGGUCGAAGAUUUCCUGGACCCAGGUCGAGACCGGUUCGGCGAUUACCUGGAAGUACCCCAGCUGCAUCCUGAAGGGCGACGACUCGGUGGGUGAGUUCUACUCGGUGGCGUUGACCAACAACUACCAGCAGGCCGACACCGGCACCAAGAUGAUCCAUGUCGGUAAGAACACCACCAGCACCAUCGUCUCCAAGGGGAUCUCCGCCGGUCGCGGCCAGAACACCUACCGCGGGUUGGUCAAGAUCCUCAAGGGGGCCGACGGGGCGCGCAACUUCUCGCAGUGCGAUUCGAUGUUGAUUGGCGAUCGCUGCGGCGCCCACACCUUUCCCUACAUCGAUGUCCAAAACCCGAGCGCACGGAUGGAGCACGAAGCCACCACCUCGAAGAUCGGCGAAGACCAGAUCUUCUACUGUAACCAGCGCGGUAUCGAGACCGAGGACGCGGUGUCGAUGAUCGUCAACGGCUUUUGCAAAGAGGUCUUCCGCGAGCUGCCGAUGGAGUUCGCGGUCGAGGCGCAGAAGCUACUCGACGUCAGCCUCGAGGGCAGUGUCGGCUAG